AUGAACACACUUAUAAUUUUGUUGUGUCUUUCGUCUAUUGAAACAAAAGAGUUACAAGACGAUUUUGAAAGUGAUGAGGCAAUGCCUGAAGUCGGUCCCCCAAAAGACAUUGAAUUUCCAAGACCGGUUGAUUUUUUAAAUAUUAAACGAGACGGUUUUGGGGACGUUGAAUUCAAACAACCGGUCAAUUAUGCGGAACUUGAUUUGAUUAAACCAAGAAAUAGGGAACAUGCAAAAGAAUUACUUCAGAAAGCGAAGAAAAACAAAAUAUUGUGGAUUCCUAAGAGUGAGAUCUUAGUAUUUAACAGUCCUCGUGAUGAAUUUUUGUAUCAUAAGAGGCUAUAUGAGACUGUCAAAAAUGCAACGAGUGUUGGCAGAAGUUUUAUGCCUGAUUUCGCAAGGAAUUUAGAAAGAAACUUAGCACAUCCGGUGGUCAACUUGGGAAGAUCUAGUGGCAGCAGACUAAGUCCAACCGAAAGAAAUAACAGGGAAUAUUACCCUAGAAAGAAUAUCUCUGAUUAUUUUGCAGAUAACUCUUUUUAUUUAAAAACUGAUCAUUAUCAAAAUAUAAAUUGGACCACGUGCGAUGAAUUUUCGAAAAGAGCUCUUUUCCACCCCGAUGACAUCAUCGAUACAAAAUGGAUGCCAUUUUACAUUUGGUCAAAGCGAAAUUUUUCAAGAGCAUUUAUUCAUACUUUUGAAUAUCCAACAAAGAAGCGAGUAAAUUACUAUAGAACAAAUUUUGGGCCUUAUAUGAAAAACAUAGACUGGUCUCAACCUAAAUUACUCAGGAAGGAACAUAGAGAAAGUCUUUUGAUCGCUGGCGACAGGAAAGGACUGUUUUAUGAAAUUCCAGAUCAAGAACCUCCAAAGCCUGAACAAGGAAAAGUAAUUUUACCUACGGCGAGUAUACGGAUAAAGAUACUUAAUCCUUACAUAGCACUGAUGUAUUGCGAAGAGUUUUAUGCAACCAUAAUGGCUGAACUGGGAACGGAACCACAGGAAACAGAAGAAAAAAUCAUAGCGGCAAGCAAGUUACGUUUUAAUGGUUUUGGACAACCGGUCUAUAGAGAUACUGAAGAGGAAAAGGGAAGAGAAGAACUUAAAAUUUCCAACGAACAAAGGAGACCUGAAGAUAUAGUUGAAUAA